GUGACAAAGAGUGGCAUGGUUUGAUAGCCUUUUUAUGUGGGAUGCAGUUCGGCGUGAUUGAGUCGUCAUAUGAACAUAUAUUUAUUGUGUUAGAUACAACAACUUAGGCAUCUGUUUCGACUCGAAAUUCCCACAUCGGCACAAUGGGCAAGAAGCGUCGCCUGGGGGAGGAGGACGCUGAGCGUGACCUGCCGCAGGCCACGCUGCCCACAUCGCUAGCAGCCAGCCGCCAGCGCCGGCUCAUCGUCAUCCUGGAGAACGCCCAGCUGGAGGCGGUCAAGAUCGGCCGCAGCUUCGAGCUGCUCAACUCGGACGACCACGCUAGCUUCCUGCGCAAGAACGGCCGCGACAUCGGCUCCAGCCGGCCGGACAUCGCUCACCAGUGCCUGCUCAUGCUGAUGGACAGCCCGCUCAACCGCGCCGGCCUGCUACAGGUGUACAUCCACACCGAGAAGAACGUGCUGAUCGAGAUCAACCCGCAGACGCGCAUCCCGCGCACCUUCCGCCGUUUCUGCAACCUGUUCGUGCAGCUGCUGCACAAGAUGAGCAUCCGCGCCGACGACGGCAACAUGAAGCUGCUGAAGGUCAUCAAGAACCCGGUCACGGAUCACCUGCCGGUCGGCAUCCGCAAGGUCGGCUUCUCGUUCAGCGCGCCGAAGGUGGUGAGGCCUCGCGAGCUGGCGCCGGCCGAAGGGCCGCUGGCCGUCGUCAUCGGCGCCAUGGCGCAUGGCAAGAUUAACGCCGACUACACCGAGGAGUUCUGCAGCAUCUCCAGCUACCCGCUGUCGGGCGCGCUCGCCUGCUCCAAACUGUGCGACGGCUUCGAGGAGGCCUGGGGCGUGCUGUGAGGGACGUGGUGGGAAACGGCGCGCGGCCGAGAACUUGUGUCGAUGACGGGACGCCAUUGAACGAUGCAUCACGACACGUUGUGCACAUGCUGAUCACCUCAUGACGUUGCGUGUGAAGUCCGUUGUUCCGUAUGAUAGCCGGAAAGAUGCAAAUGCUUUCGGUCGGCAGCAUAUUUUGCUGCAUCCUUGGCGCAAACAGGACACAAUACAGACCAUGGCGGAUGUGCAUUACAGAUGUAUGGCGGUAUAAUACAUCUGGUAGUAUCCAAUCAGGCUUCGCUCGUACGGUGCCCACCUCACUGUCAUGUAAAUAAAACAUGAAAUGUU